AUGGCCACCUCCUCGUUCGUGGCUCUCAAUUCCUUCACAGGUCAAUGCCGACCCCAUCGCCGCCCCCCAGAAGCUUAUCUUGACCGCUGCUCGUUAUUCAUCUGCCCUGCCCGCCACAUUAAAGUCGGUUGCCCGUUAAACUUGCAGCAAUGCCUUGGCAGUACCCGGGCGGUUGCAGGACGGGAAAAUGCCUCCUUGAUAUCGCCCCCAUCGUCGUCAACACCUUCCACGAGUCUCUUCGUGGCGCCCCACGCAUAAACAAAGAUUAGGCUUUCAAACGUUCGAUGAAGGGCGAUAAUGUCUUGCAGAGUACCAACACCACCCCCUCAUCACGGUAGCAUCUUUCCGUCGUUGCUGACUGACCAUCUCAUCUUAGCUAUGGAUGCUGCAAGCUGUGCUCAUAAAAUGACCCAUUGUUCCGUAUAUUAUGCCAACAAGAGCGUCGUUGUUGGAAAGUACUUCUUUGGCCAUCUCCGAUGUGUUGAGGUUUUACGUCAAACCCAAGCCACAGCGAUCUGGUCCAGAAUUGGGUUGAACACUUGAUUUCAUGCCUUGUGUACACCGACAUUACCAUUCUCGGACAUGUUUUGCUAUGUCAACGACAUCCUACCCAGCCGGAUCUGCUGGACCGCACUCAGCCAUCCACGUUUCUAUCCUGGGUAGUUGCGAGAAGCCCUGUGCUAAGGUAUUCUAUCA